AUGGCUAGUCUGCCCUCGUGGGUGCGCAUCUAUGAUGAUUCAGCAAAAGCAAUACUAGGAGACGAACCAAAACUCGAUCUACUUUGCGAAGAGACGGAACGGCCUUUUGCACAUGAAGCUGGCGUAUACAUACCCGAAGACAAUUCGCUAUGGAUCACCAGCAAUCAAUAUCCGCAUCCAGAAACUAAGAGGCCACACAUCCACAUCUCGCGUGUCCAACUACCAUCCAGCACCGACAGCACCGAAGCCGUGCACGCAGAGAUAGAUGCAAGUAACAUUCCCCUACCAAAUGGCGGCGUCAAUUACAAAAACGGAAUUCUCUUCUGCGCCCAAGGAACGCUCGACACACCAGGCGGCAUAGCCUUCAUGCCUCUGAAUCCGCCCACCACCAGCGACAAAUACGAAGCGAAGCUCCUUAUCUCAGAUUUCCAUGGCCGACCGUUUAAUUCACCAAACGAUGUUGUUGUUCAUUCAGACGGCUCCAUAUGGUUUACGGAUCCGAUUUACGGCUGGGAACAAGGGAUUCGACCGCGACCACGGCUACCAAGUCAAGUGUAUCGCUACGAUCCGGCGACAGGAGGCAUUCGUGCUGUCGCAGAUGGAUUUGAGAGACCGAAUGGGAUCUGUUUCAGCCCGGAUGAGAAAACUGUGUACAUUACGGACACGGAUUGGAUUCAUGGAGAUGGAUCGACUGACGACAUGAGAGUGUCGCAUAUGUAA